AUGGAUGAGAUCGCCCCCGAAUAUGAUGUGGUUGUUCUCGGCACUGGCCUGACGGAGUGCGUACUUUCAGGUGUUCUGAGUGUCAAGGGCAACAAGGUUCUUCACAUCGAUCGCAAUGACCACUACGGAGGAGAGGCUGCUUCCGUGAACAUCGAAACACUCUUUAAGAAAUACGGCAACGUUCGCCCCGGCGAAGAGCCCUGGAAGAAGUAUGGACGGGCCAACGACUGGAACGUCGACUUGGUCCCCAAGCUGCUCAUGGCGAACGGCGAGUUGACGAAUAUUCUGGUUUCCACCGAUGUCACACGUUACCUUGAGUUCAAGCAGAUUGCCGGCAGCUACGUGCAACAAGGAAAGAGUCCCAAGGCCACCGUGGCCAAGGUCCCCUCCGAUGCCAACGAAGCACUUCGCUCGUCUCUCAUGGGCAUGUGGGAAAAGCGGAGAGCUAAGAAGUUCCUGGAAUGGGUUGGUGAAUUCAAGGAAGAUAAUCCUAGCACUCACAACGGCUUGAACAUUGCUCAGUGCACCAUGAAAGAAGUCUAUGACAAAUUCAGCUUGGAGGAUAACACCCGUGAUUUCAUUGGUCACUCAAUGGCUUUGUAUCAGUCCGACGAGUACAUUAAUAAGAGUGGAAUGGCCUUGGAUGCUAUUAACCGCAUUCGCCUGUACGUCAACUCUAUGGCCCGCUACGGUAAAUCGCCCUACAUCUACCCGCUCUACGGUCUGGGUGAGCUUCCUCAGGGCUUUGCUCGUCUGUCCGCUAUCUAUGGAGGUACCUACAUGCUUAACACCGACAUCGAUGAGGUCCUCUAUGAGAACGGCAAGGUUUCCGGAAUCAAGGCAACCAUGAAGGAUAGGGAUGACAAUGGCGAGACCAUGAAGUUCACCACCAAGACUAAAAAGAUCCUGGCCGACCCAUCUUACUUCCCCGGCAAGGUCAGGGUCACAGGGUAUUUGCUGAAGGCGAUCUGUAUCCUGAAGCACCCCAUCGAUAAGACCGACGGCAGCGACUCGCUGCAGCUGAUCAUUCCCCAAUCGCAGGUUGGAAGGAAGCACGAUAUCUAUAUCGCCAUGGUUUCGUCGGCGCACAACGUUUGCCCCAAGGGCUACUAUAUUGCUAUCGUCUCGACCAUUGCCGAGAGUGAUGCCAAUCACCACCUUGAGUUAGAGCCUGGCUUUGAGCGCCUGGGUGAAAUCGAGGAGAAGUUCUUCGGCUCCCCCAUCCCGCUUUACGAGCCUCUGGAUAGCGGCGAGAGUGAGAAUAUCUUCAUCUCCAAGAGCUACGAUGCCACGUCUCACUUUGAAAGCACAACAGCCGAUGUUCGUGACAUCUAUCGCCGCGCAACAGGUGAGGAACUCGUCGUUGAAGGCCUCCGGGAGGAUCAGCAACUUGCCCAGGAGUAA